UUCGGUCGGGCAACUCAGGCAGCAGCUGUACUAGCACGCAGCCGAUUUCCUUGGAAUUGCGAUUGUUUGGGCAGAAUAGCAGCGAACAAUUUCUUUAAUCUCAUUGUUGAAUCGCACGCCGCGUAGUUUGGACCUAUAGUGCAUUUUUCAAACGUUUAUUGCUGCUACAUAAUUACUACGUUAUGUUUUCAGUUUUGGCGUUUCGAAGUGUGUUCAUAAAUAAUCCGUAGCUAUGCUGGCGAUAUGUUUACCAAAUUACAUCGGUCGUUGUGACUCAAGUUGAAAUGCCUUGUGAAUACGUGGAUCGUGAGGAGAGUUCCACAGUGUUAUGUCGAUAAAGUCUUUUUCUUUUAGUAGAUAGUGAUUUUAGUGUAAAAUUCAAUUAGCAAAAGACAAUGUCUAGCACAGUUCCGACGAGUUCUGCCCUUAGGGCUUUAGCCCUAGAGUACAAGAGUCUGCAGGAGGAGCCCGUGGAAGGGUUCAGAGUGAAACUUUGUGGAGAUGACAAUUUGUUUGAGUGGGAAGUGGCGAUAUUCGGCCCCCCAGACACACUAUAUCAAGGUGGCUACUUUAAGGCACAUAUGAAAUUCCCAACAGACUAUCCAUAUUCACCACCUUCAAUUAGGUUUUUAACGAAAGUAUGGCAUCCAAACGUAUAUGAGAACGGAGAUCUCUGCAUAUCAAUCCUGCACCCACCCGUGGACGACCCGCAGUCGGGCGAGUUGCCGUGCGAGCGCUGGAACCCCACGCAGUCGGUCCGCACGGUGCUGCUCUCCGUGAUCUCGCUCCUCAACGAGCCCAACACCUUCAGUCCGGCCAACGUGGACGCGAGCGUCAUGUACAGGCGCUGGCGUGACUCCAAGGGCAAGGAUAAGGAAUAUGAGAAUAUUAUAAGGAAACAAGCGCAAGUCGCGCGCAUAGACGCUGAAAGAGAAGGCAUCGUCGUGCCUCUCACUCUAGAAGACUACUGCAUCAAAACGCAAGUCAAGUCCACCACGCAAGAACCACAGCUGGACAUGACUGAUUUCUACGACGACGACUACGAUCUCGACACGUCGGACGAGGAGAUCGAGGCCGGCGAGCCCGGCGAGGACGCCGACGACAGCGGCAACGGCGAGUCGUGAGGCCCGCUCUCGCGAGGCCUACACACCACUAGGCAAAUAUAACCUCACAAGCCCCGCUGCAAAAAACUUCACACAAAGAAUAAAGUGCAUCUCUAUAGAUAUUUAAAUUUAUUGCAUGGGGGCUUAGGGGGUUAAACCACUGACUUUAUUAUAUGUGACUAAUAUCAACCAUAACUCGGGCAUAUAAAGUCUAUAUUUGUGCAAUGGCGAGUCAUGAAGCAUGCUGUAUCGAGGCCUACACUCCUCUAGGCAAAUAUAGGUAACCUCAGAAGCCCCGCUGCAAAAAAUAUUUAUACUUAAAUUGGUUGUUACAUUUUCUGCAUGGGGGCUUAGGAGAAAAGAACCACUGACUAUACAAUUGUGACUAUAGAAUGCAAUCUGUACCUGAGGCACACAAAGUCUAUAUGUACUUGUGCAACGGCGAGUCGUGAGGCCGUCGAGGCCUACACUCCACUAGGCAAAUAUAACUUCAGGAGCCCCGCUGCAAAAACAUUUCUAUUGUUAGAAAGAAUAAAGUGCAUCUCAAUUGAUAUUGACAUUUUUUGUAUCGGGCCUUUGAGGAAUAAAAACAACUGACUAAUUAUAAAUUAUAUGUGACAAUGUCAACCGUAACUCGGGAACAUAAAGUCUAUAUUCGUAUGUAACAAUGACAGCUGUAACGAGCUUGAAGUGUUGUGACAAGUUUUACCCAACAUAUAACUGUCUCUUUCACUACUAUAGUCGCAAAUGCAAGUGUAAGCAAGAAGUUUUACGACCCCCGCCGUCAGUCUGGCUUGCGGACUGUAUAACCUAGAAUGGAUGUGAACAAUAAACAUGGCCGUCCUUGAUCACGGUCGAUUCCCUGUACAGUCGCCAUCAGACGUAUCGGAGCGGCCAGGGUGCUCCACGCCACGACAAUAGAAGCCUCGAACUCAUCCGUCAUUUGUUUUUCAAAAUGUUUGGCUGUAACUGGAUUGCUAAUCGUUUCCCAAUAAAAUGCUGCAAAAUGUAUAAAUAACAUUGAGUAGUGCCAUUACGUUCAGCUGUCAAAUUAAUACCCACAAAAAGAUGUUCCUGUCAGGACGUAAGGCCCACAGCAUGGAAAUUACGAUCAAACUGCAUAGGGAAAAUAUGUUUUGUGAGCAAAAACAUAUCUUACAAUAUAAAUUUACAAUCACGUUACUUUCAAAAACACAAGAUCUGAACCAAUUAUAUUGUAAGGUGUGUUUGAAUUGCAAUAAAUCUUAAAACACCAUUGGGUCAUAUUCAGAGCUCGGCGGGGGUGAGCUGUUUUCAGAGUUUGCACAACAUGGACAUGCCUUGUCAUUCUAUAGUAUAUGUGGUGUAAUUUAAUAACUAAAGAAAUUAUUUUAUUUAGGCUGCCUUUCCGCUACGAUCUUUACGUCGCCAUUAAAACCAAUGAAUUUUAUACUACUACAGAUAAAAUUAUAAAAGAAACGGUUAUCGGCCGUUUGUCUUAUAAUUUUAUCUGUAGUACAAAAAAAGGAGAUACUAUUCAAAACUUGUCAAAAAUCGAUGAAAACCUCGGGUAGCCCCUUAAGUAGUUCUUUUAUUUAAAACCCAUCUGAUCGAAAACGAAAUAAGUCGAUGUUGAAUAAAUUACCAUUUCACCGCGUUAUCAAACCAGAUGUUCGCGUAAACUUAGAUUUGUAUUGUGAAUUAAUUAUAGCAACGAGUACUAUAAUAGUUCUAAUACUUAUUGACAUAACGGCUAUUUUCGAAUGAUUUAUUUCUUGUAUACACGUGUCAAUAUUGCGAUUCGUUUACGCAGUUUCGUUGUUGCGCACUAUCUCUUGGUUCUAAUAUUUAAAGCAACGUCGUAGCAACAUUUUACUUUUAUACGUUUGUAACGCCAUUGCACUGCAUUCUCGAUUGAACCUUGGAUUUAAAUUCAAAUUUCAAGGCACUGUUUAUAAUUUCCUACAUAAACUUUUUCUUAAGACGUUUUUUUAUCUGUAUUUUUUGUAGACACGCCCUUUUUAAUUGGGUUCUUAUUAACUUUCAUUGUACUGCAAAUUUGCGUGGGAAAAUAAUACCUACUUACAAACUUCCUUUUUAUAACUAUUUGUAUACAAACGGGCUUGUCAAUUACCUCCAAUUAUUAACGUCACUGAUAGAACCGGCGCCGAUGGCCAAUUUGUUCAAGUUUUCCUCUUUCUUUGUCCAUGUAUAUUCUUGGAAAACCUACAAUUAACCCUUUUCCGUCACAUCAAAACAAUGUUCAAACCUUAGUUCGUUUUUUAGCAUUAGAAAAAAGGUAAACAAUCUUGAUGUGUCUAUUCUUCUGCUUUCAUAAGUAAUAGUUACUUAUUAUAAAGCGUUUUUCAUUUAAAAGACAUGUCAAGUUCGCUUACCUUCUUUCUAGUGCUAAAAAACGAACUAUAGGUACUAAAAUUUUAUUGUUACAGUUUUAAAUGGGAAUAUCUUGCCUGGACUUUCAAGUUACAAUUGUUACAAAUUAACGAUUGCCUUGUUUCUUCUUGCCGAUACAUUAGGGACUAAUAGCUACACUCUGAACUGACCUUUGAUCGACUUUAUGUAUUAGUAAUAAGGUAUACGAAUAAACCUCCACAUGACCAAUACAUGUGCAUGGAAUUAUAACAUCCUAACAUGAUUUCUUGGCAUCAGUCGCGCCGUUCAUUUGGCAUUUGCUUGCGGGAAAAUGCAUUUAUUUUAACCUUUUCGACGCCAUCUCAAACACAAAAGCAGGCGCCCGGCCGCCACGUUACCGAAGUGUCAAAACUGAAAUUGAACUUUAUGCAUAUGCACGUAGGUCUAUGUUGGUCUGUGGUCUGUGACCGAUUAAUCAGUCUUUGGCGUUGAACCUGCGGUGCGGAUAUAUCGCUCAUUGGCGUCCAAAAGGUUAAUAGUCGCUCUAUGUCUAACAGGGAUAGAUUAUACUUGUACUACACUAGUCGAAACAUCAAGACUUUUAGUUUAAUUAAACAGAUUAUACGUGAGAGCUUAUAAGACAUCGUUAAUCACACCGUAAAACGGACAUUUGUAUUAUUUUAUCAUUUGCAAGCAAUAAAUAAA